CUCGUGUGUGAUAUUUAACAAUAAAAAAGAGAGCAAAUCAAACACUAAUCCAUUGCUAACUUGCGGUCCGAUGACCAACGUUAAAAGCCGACUUAAACUCGCGCAUAUCCGGGGAGCAUCGUCGUGAGCAUGGAACGUUCGUCGGCUGCCUGAUCCUUCCAUCAUCGUGCACAGCGACGCAGCAGUGUAUAGCGCUCACUUUGCGCGACCACACCAAAUCGACACCGACACCUUCGACCACGUGAUGAUGAUGUACGCGUAAUUAAAACUGAAGCUACUGCGAAAGAUUGCGCGCGUGCACUUGCGGAGAAAUUUUAGCAAAACAGAGCCGUAUCAAACAGCGCACACUACAAGGUCUGCGUAUCGCGCGCGCAUACCACGGACAAUGUACAGCCAGCAACGACGGUACAGCAUGACGAUGGUCGUCUUCGUUCGCCGGGUGCUCCUGCUGCUGGCCACUGGAAUUACGAUUGCCAGUGGCAGUGCCAGCUACAGCAUGGUGGAUCCACAGCGUGUCCUCAGCAGCGUUGGCCUCAAUGUUGGCGCCAGUUUCGGCACGGGAACGGCCACCGUCGGUGGGACGGGCAACGAGCUCGCCGUGACCCUGCCAAAGGCUGCUACGGAACUGUUGCAGGCCACAGCUGCUGAUGCCGUUGCCACAGCUUCCGUAAGAGACAGCACUGACCUUACGUCAACGGCACCCUCGGUGUACAAUGGCACCGGGAGUAACGCCACCGACAGCAACGACGCUUUAUGGAGCAAAUACGUCGUCCGGUCCGGAUACGUGCUGCCGGUCGAUCCACUGUUUGUGGCCAAAAUCAAUCCCUUCUGGCUGCGGUUCGAUCCACCGUCGGCCGGCGAACACUACGGGCUGGCCGUAUUCUACUUCCUGAUGAUGCUGUUCGGCGUUAUCGGCAACGCGCUGGUCGUCUUUAUGUUCUACAGGUAUCGCUCAUUGCGUACUCCUGCCAACUAUCUCGUCAUCAACCUAGCGGUGGCUGACUUCAUCAUCAUGAUGGAAGCUCCAAUGUUCAUCUACAACAGUAUCCACCAGGGUCCAGCACUUGGAUCGAUUGGAUGUACGGUGUAUGCGCUGAUGGGAGCCGUCGGUGGAACGGUCGCGAUCGCUACCCUCACUGUCAUCUCGAUCGAUCGCUACAAUGUGGUAGUGUACCCGCUGAAUCCGAACCGCUCCACCACCAAGCUAAAGUGCUACUUUCUGAUCGCGUUCACCUGGGCGUACGGGCUGCUGUUUGCCAGCUUCCCGGCGCUCGAGAUCGGGCUGAGCCGGUACACCGCCGAGGGCUACCUGACGGCCUGCAGCUUCGACUAUCUCGACCGCACGUACAAGGCGCGCGUCUUCAUGUUCGUGUACUUUGUGUUCGCCUGGCUGAUCCCGUUCGCGAUCAUUAGCUACUGUUACGCCCGCAUCCUGAUCGCGGUCAUCAACGCGAACGCCAUCCAGUCGAGCAAGAGCAAGAACAAGACGGAGGUGAAGCUGGCCGGUGUGGUGGUCGGCAUUAUUGGGCUGUGGUUCGCCGCCUGGACGCCGUACGCGGUGGUCGCGAUGAUGGGCGUGUUCGGGUACGAGCAGUACCUGACGCCGCUCAACUCGAUGAUACCGGCGGUGUUUGCGAAGAUUGCGGCCUCGAUCGAUCCGUACUUUUACGCCAUGAACCAUCCGCGCUAUCGGCAGAUGCUGGAGCGCAUGUUCUGCAACCGGGGUGCCGAUCAGGGCAACUCGCAGUACCAGACGUCGCACUACACGCGGGGUGCAUCGCGCGGUGGUGACUCGGAGGGUGGUGGUGGUGAAGAGUCCGGCGGUGGCGGUGGUGGUGUUGGGCGUGCUCCCGGCGGUGGUAAUGCUGGCUUGGGACGCGGUGGCACUGUCCGUGGUGGUGGUGGACGGCUGAUCGCGGGCAAGGGUGGUGGAGGAGCAAACGCGACCGGCAGCAACGGAGGCGGCGGUGUCAAGGCACUCAAGAAGCAGAUCUCCAAUGGCGACGAAACAUCGCUCGAGGUAUCGCUCGAGAUGUAACAGUGCUGCCGGCGAGGAGUUCAGCUCCUUCGCGUGACGGACGACUACGAAAACAGUGCCUUCGUGUAGAGAGAGAGAGAGAGAGAGAGAGAGAGAGAGAGAGAGAGAAAAAAAUAGAGGAAAAGAGUAACAGUGUAGUAGCAGAACACGGCGGCGAGUUAAAGGGUAAAGUUGGCUGGAGAACGAGAAGAGUCUGGUAAUUACGGGCGGCGUUGGCGUGAGAAAGAAAUGGCGCACCAAUGGAGGUCGGAAUUAACGAGAGGAAUCAUUUUUCGCUUAAAACAGCCAAAACGAGGCCCGUGUGCUUCCUGGAAAAGAUGUGUAGAAGGCGGAGGAAGAAAUCCACAAAACGCUCGGACGAAAGUUGAGUGACGUGUAAGUGAGCCAGAAAGGGGUAGAGAACUCAAGUCUGAGGGUGAAAAAACAGGCGCGUGGAAUGAUUUAUAGGGCCGGUGUAUUUGGAGAAAGAAAGCCCUGGAGUGAGGAAAGCCACACACACACACACACACUUGAAUAUUGCGUAUCACACACGCGCGUCUGAUUGAAUUGUUUUAACGCGCGAGGUUUUCCUUUAUUGCGCACUCUUCGGUCCUUGGCUCGGUAAUUGUCUACGGCCUACGCGAAAGCACCGGUCGGUAAGCGAUUGCUUCUCACCCACAGACACCCCCCCCCCCCCCCCGUGUGUGAUGGAUUCUUUAUGGUAAAAUCACUAAACCAGUGUGUUCUGUGUUGUUCGCUCUUGCUCGAGAUGGGUCGUAAAAUAACACAUUGUUUUCGCCACCAUCGAACACUUGCUUGUUUUUUUGGGUGUGUGGCACAACGUUUUCCUUCCCUUUUUUCCAAGGAAAAACUUUUCCAGCUUACGCACAGAUUGAUUGUUAGUUGCUUUCCUUAGCCGGUACGGUGCGCCGUUAGCCUACGCGGACGUUGCGCUUUUUUAUGCCUCUGUCUGAUCUGGUCAAUCCGGUUCGAAGGACCAAAAAGUGGCAGGAAGUGGUAAUGGAGAGAAAGCGGAAAUAGCACCACACAAGGCACAGAAUAGCUACAAUAGUAUUUUGGUGAAUCUAUUACGUGUUUUUCCCCCAACCCACCUCACUCUUCCUUCCCCUACGUGUUUUUUUUCUCGUCGUCGCGUACUCGCGCAAUCUGUUAUACCAUCCGUUAUUUAUCGACAUGCGUACGAUAACGUGGGGGGAAAGGGGGUAACAAGAGAUGGCGAAGAGGCAUACCAAGCGAUCUUGAGUGAAAAACAAAUGAAACAGUGUGUGUGAGAGAGUGAGAAAGAAUCCUUCCCCCUUGCCCUCCAAUACGUUCUUAGAUACAACACUCAACAGGGAGGAAAAGCGGCCGGACAAAAUGGUGACACACACACACACACAGAAGCGUCACGGCGCGAAGAAUCGGGGUGGCGCAAAACAUGAUUAAGUGGUUGUUUUCUUGCUCGCCCGGUGCAAAAGUUCGGACCGGAAGUUAUCAUGCUAAGUGAAAGUCGCGCAAGAAAAAAAAACACGAAAGAACAAAAAACACAAUCCCCUUGACGUGGUAACAACACGGGCCACGCGAUAGUAACCUUUUCUUAACCGUCCGCGGUUAACAGUGGCAGAAAGUUCACUACCCAUUCCCCCUCGCUUUCGUUUCCUUUUAACGGGUGGGGAGGGGGAAGUAGUUUCCCUCUAUCAUCCAUAUCUUGUCUCUCUCUCUCUCUUUCCCUUUUCGUGUGUUGUGUUCUACGAUUAAGCCAUUGCAACAUAACGUCGAAAUAGUUCUGUUACUAACCGGAAUAAAAUGGCAACGUAUGUACGCGGUGUGUGUGGUGUGUAGUGGUCGUAAAUCUUACUGCCAGCAGACACUUCUUGCAGCAGUUGUGGGGGCAGCAAAAAGAGAGAAGCAUUCUGGCAGCGGCACUUGUGACACCAACCACCACCACCACCACCACCGUCUCCAGCUGUUGUAAAGGGCCAACUGUUGGAAUGAAUAUUCAUUCCGGUGGAGUUCGUUUAUCGAUUGAAGGGCAGGACAGGACAGGACUGGACGGCCAUGUGAUGACACUCUCGCGGUUUUGGCGUCUCACGUGACGUCCUAGUUCAUUCGUACAUUGUAGGUUGUUAUUUUUAAAACACAGCAUCUAAGCUUUAUAUUUGUUAAACACUGUUAGCUCACCAACAACGAACAAUUGAGAAACAUACACAGACACCCGCACAGAGCAACAUAGAUCUCGUAUCGCAUCGAUGUUAUAUUUUCCCGCAAAGCUAGAUCAAUUACAAGUAGAGCAGUUGUUGCUAUGGUUACUAAACACCCGUUUUUAAAUGUCUAACGGAUGAGGCAGACGAAGAAGAAGAAGAAGAAGAGGAGGAUGCAGAUGAAGAAAAAUAAAAAGAAAAAGAAGAAGAAGAGGAAGAGGAAGAAGAAGAAGAAAAAUAAGAAGAAGAAUAAGAAGAAGAAGAAGAAGAAGAAGAAGAAGAAGAAGAAGAAGAAGAAGAAGAAGAAGAAGCAGAAGCAGAAGAAGAAAAGGAAAAAUAAGAAGAAGAAGUAGAAGAAGAAGAAGAAGAAGAAGAAGAAGAAGAAGCCUCACAAAACGUUAUCAUCUCCUCCGCGUUGUCUCUCUCUCUUUCUUCUCGCUGUGUUUGUAGUACUUCGCACUAAGCGCACGAAGAAUUGUUGGACGAAGGCGAAAGUGUUGGCGCGUCGCAGUUGGCGCUUGCCGCAUAAGCUUUAAGCAUCAUUUAGUAUGUAGUGAAGCUCUUCCGUUCGUUGAAGCUUUCUCCUGAACCGAAAGUUUGACAGAAAGCUUUCAGGAGGAGCGGGGUUCGGGAAAGUCGGCUGGUGAUGGCAAAAUGUGUGUUUUGCGUUUUUUUCUUGAAAUGUUUCCUUCCAAUGUUUCGCGGUCUGCUUUCCGCGACGAAGCGGGAAGUUUGUAAGCAUCGAGGCAUCGAACCACUUUGAUAUCUCGCAAGCAAGCAUCUUUGACAAUGGGAUCGGGAGGCAAAUUGUAGGUGAAGGAUGGUAGGAGGGAAGGGAAAUCGUUACUGAAAAAAUUGUGCCUUAAUUUUACCCAAUUGGCUGAACCUUUUUAAACGCUAGGCUAGGAGGAGACCACACCCGGCGCAACGGUCGCAACGGUUAUUGUGCUGUGUGCUGUGUGUGGGUUGUGGUGGAUGAUACUUAAAUGCAACGGCAGCGCGACCGACCGAACGAAGCGACAGUGGCAGUUAAUGUUGUGUGUGUUGUUUUUCGUUUAAUUAUUACCACUACUAAAACCAACCAUUACCAGUGCAAGAUAAUAGCAAGAUAACAGUUCUCAAUGACGCUCUGAGCGGAAAAAGGGAUGGAAAGGAAGGGAAGAAUCAAAGGGCAAAGCAUGGACAAACGAGCUUAGUGGUGAUGAGUGGGAAGCAGAAGCUGGAAUCGAAAGUAUAAAAAAAGCAGUCGAGAAACGGAAAGUACAAAAAGCGACGAGGUUUGUGUGAGUGUGCAUGUGCGUGUGCAUUAUUUUCGGAAGAAUUUUGCAUACAUACAAGAAGUGGUAUGAGGCUGGAUCUGAAGGGCGUCAUAGAAGAAAUUCGUGUAUGUGUGUACACGUAUAUAGAACCUACUUACUAUAGAUGGAGAACAAAUGUACAUGUAUUUCUGUUGUUAGAAAGCAAAACAAACAAACAAACAAACAAACAAACAAACAAUCUCUUCCAUAUACAACAUAUCGAUAAAACAUAGCCAAGGCAAAGCAAAACUAAACCAACAAAACCAAUAUCGAACGAAAACAACGUUUACCUAAUAGGAACAAAAAAGCAAAAACUAGUUUGUCGCAACCAACACAACAAAAAAUACACCCACACACACACACUCUGUUAAAGUAACCAUAAAUGUGUUGUUAGUGUUUAGCGCAGUUAGACCCAAACAAAGUCAAUGAUAUACAUACAUAUAUAUUUUGGAAGCGUUAAAAGUGGUCACAAAGCACGAAGCAAAAAAACGUUGGUUUUGGAACUUUUACUGCUUGAAAGCCGAAAUUAUUUAUCAGUUGAUCGUUAAUUAUUUGCUUUGAUUUAAUUUUAUUUUAUUCAUGCACGUUUUGCCGCCAUAUCUUAAAUGUUUCACCUUGUAAACAACAUUUCCGGGGGCGUGGAUAAGAAUCUUAACCUGUUUGGCAGCAUUUUCGCGUGAACGACCAAGCGCCUCCAUUUGCGCCUGUUGCGCGCCACCGCACGAAGAAGAAAUCGCCACCACGAAACCAUAAGGCUGCGAUGAUAAUCUUUCUGCAAAGGAAUGCUGAAAUAUCGCUGUCAAAACAUUCCAUCUAAUUAUCCCCCAAUGUGCACACACACACCGCACACGCGACAACGAGCGGGCGCGCGCUCGCCUACCCACUGCGGUCAGGUGCAAUUUGUAAAGCAAAAUUAUCCACUUUACACCCCCGUCAUUACCCCUCAAAUUCCGUGACGACCUGCACACACACAGGCACAAAGAUACCGGAUUAUAAGGAGUCAAUUUGAGGCAUGCAACAGCGUGGCGUGGCAGCUACCACACGCCACGCCACACGGGGGCCUAAGGCGCAACCGAAAGCGCAAACGUUUGACGACGCGCGGCCCGCAACACAAACAAUGAAGAAAUAAAACCAGCGCAAACACACUUCCACACACACAUACCGAGUGCACACAAAAUUAGCAUGCGACUUGGUGGGGGAGGGGGGGAAUGGGAUGGACCCAGCCGGAUGGGCAACGCAGUCAAGCCGUGACGUAGUGACGCAGGUCACAGACCGCGCAGUGGGUAAAUUUCAAGCACCUACUCUGUCGGCCCUUUCAUCUGUAUGUGUGUGUGUGUGCGUGUGUAGAUGGUGAGGUGUUUAGUUGUGCUUCACCGUCCACAACUUGAGGUUUUUGACACGUAGGCACGCUCCCGGAGGGGCACAACCAUCUGUUUUUCAUUUUUCGCAAACGUGCUGCUCUCGAACACGUAUCACCGGAAAAGUGGCGUGGAAAAGAGUGAAAAAUUGCGCUCUCUCUCUCUCGCUCUCUCUCCCAACACCUGGAGACCCUGGUCCCAUCCGCUCUCGUUCACAACUACCACCAGCAGCAGCAGGAUAUAUUUUGACAGUUCGGAAAAUACGAACGCUAUCCCACCGAUGGGGAUGUGCGUUUCUGUACGGAUAAAACGUAAACAAACACCGUGUAGCUCUCACUCUCUCUCUCGCUCUUUGUUGCGAGCUCUCUCGCCUCUCUCGAAGCGCCCGUGAUACUAGCGAGCGCGCUCUUUGUGUGUGCUCUUAGUAGGCGUACUCCGCCAGCCAGCGCUACACUCUACGAACGUCGUGCGACCAAGCAGGACGCCAACUGCGCGUACAGAACAGGGCCAAACCUAGCGACAGUAGCUCAGUGACAGGUGAAAGAGAUUUUCCCCCUGGCCUGACGCGGCUGUGUGGGUGUGUGUGUGACGAGUUUUGGGUGGAAUUGUUUGGUGCCGGAGUCAAGAUAUUACCGGACACCUGAGCUGUUGUAGCUGCUGGGAGUGUGCUUCAAGUGCUUCUCUGUGCGCCGGAGGGAACAACAACAACUUGCUUACUUGAGCACAGAAGCCUGAAGUGGGUUCUUCCAUCAGGCGUGUAGCUAGUGUGCGUGUGUGUGUAUGUGUGUGUUACGAAAUGCGAAUGUGAGCAGAGAAGCCUCCCAAACGUCACACCUCACUUCCGUUAUCACGAGCCCGCUCAUUCACUCCCACCUCUAUGCGUAUUAUUCGUUCGUAGGAAAACCAUUUCCAUUUUAUCUUCUCGAGGCAGAGUUGGUGCGCCAUCACGAGUGCCAAAACACAACCAAUUGCUACCCUUGUCCGAGGUGUGAGAUUGUGGAAAAGCCCUUGAAGGUGCGUGUGUGUGUGUUUUAGUAAAGUGCAAAAAUUUCCCUUCAUUCAGCGAGCCGUGUGAGCUUCCCUUGCUCCCCAGUGCGCGCGUGUCAUGUGAGAGGGUGUAAGAUAGGAGCGUGUGCGUGUGUGUGUGUGUGCGUUCGGAAAAUGCAAUCACAACGUCAAGCGUAACCGCAUCCCUUUCGGGAAGGGGACGAGCAGCGAGCGGAGCAUAUGGAAUGAUGCUGCCAGGAGGAGCCAUAGUAACGCGACGCCUGCCUGUUCGGCUACCAACUGACGGCGUCAAGGCAGUAGCAGGGCCGACCUGUCAAACUCGGAGCGUUUAGUGUCGCCCUUGGAAGCCCCUCCACACCGAUCAAAGUGCAGCAGCAGCCCCCCAAAAUCCGAAUGAUUGGCACCGCCACUGUUUGCACGGAAACGGAAUACUGCUGGACCAUUGUGUAGUGUUUGGAGUCAACCGUAAGGAGGAGCAGCACCAUCAGCAGGUCAG